AUGGGAGUAAGGGUUGAUGGUGGGCAGCUACAUCAUUUGCGCUUUGCUGAUGGCAUCGUACUGAUAACACCUAGCAUCAGCCAAGCGGAGCGAAUGCUGACCGAAUUCGACGAAACAUGCAUCGGUCUUCAGCUGAAUCUGCGAAAGACGAUGUUCAUGCGCAACGGAUGGGACUCGGAUGCCCCGUUUACGCUCAACGGAACGAACAUAUCCGAAAGCUCCAGUUUUGUUUAUCUGGGUCGGGAAAUAAGCAUGAACCCCGACCUGAAUAGGAGGAACGAGCUGCUUGGGAGCGUAUAA